AUGAGGCUGCAUGCAAAGGCCCUCGAGCAGAUUGUCAGAAGAUACUUCCACCUCAGGAACCACACUGUCCACCAUCAACUCCUGGAGAGCAUCCGCACGAGCGAGCAGCUGCGGAAGGCAGCAGCAAAAGACGCGUAA